AUGGGUAUUUUUGGGACUUCUUCACCCUUCGAUCAAGAUGUCGAGAGAGCGACCAGCGAAAACAACACGAGCGAGGAAUGGGGGCUGAUCAUGGACAUCUGCGACCGCGCCGGCGCGUCCAGCGCGCACGCCAAGGAGUGUCUGCGCGCCGUGCUGCGCCGCCUCGCGCACCCCGACCCGCACGUGCAGGUGCACGCCGCCACGCUGCUGGACGCCUGCGUGGCCAACUGCGGCCGCGCCUUCCACCUCGAGGUGGCGUCGCGCGACUUCGAGCAGGAGUUCCGCCGCCUGCUGGCGCGCGCGCAGCCCACCGUGGCGGCGCGUCUGCGCGCCCUGCUCCGCAAGUGGGCCGAGGGCGAGUUCCGCGACGACCCGCAGCUCGACCUCAUCCCGUCGCUGCACGCCAAGCUGCGCCAGGAGUCCGCCGACGCGGGGCCGGCGCCUCGCGCCUCCGACGCGCAGGCGCUGGCCGCGGCCGCCGCGCGCGAGCAGGAGGACCUCGCGCGAGCCAUAUCGCUGUCUCUGCGCGAGACCUCCGCGCCCGCGCCCCAGGCCCCCGCCGGGGCCUCGCAGGCGCUCUACCCGCGCGUCGACGCGCCCGAAGCCGCGCCGCCGCGCAAGGUGCGCGCGCUCUACGACUUCGAGGCGGCCGAGGAUAACGAGCUCACCUUCCUCGCCGGGGAGAUAGUGCACGUCACGGACUCGUCGGAUCCGAACUGGUGGAAAGGUCACAACGAGCGCGGCGAGGGUCUGUUUCCCGCGAACUUCGUGACGGGCGACCUGUCGGAGCCGGGCGCGGCGGCGGCCCCGGCGCCGGCCGAGAGCGCGGCGGCGCCGGCCGAGGAGGCGCUCGUGGCGCACAUCGACGAGGCCGCCAUGGACGCGGCGCUGGCGCUGCUGCACGAGGCGGACCCGCGCGAGGCGGGCGCGGCCGAGGCGGAGGCGGCGCUGGCGCGGCUCGAGGCGCGCGCGCACGCGAUGGGCGCGCUGGUGGACGCGGCGCUGGAGCGCGCCGACCGGCGCCACGCGCGCCUCACGCAGCUCAGCGCCGAGCUGGUGGACGCGCUCAACCUGUACCACUCGCUCAUGCGCGACCCGCUCAAGCCGCCCUACGCGUCGCUGGGGGGCCCCCCGCCGCCCCCGCCGGGGCCCCCGGGCCACUUCGCGCCGCACGCCUUCGCCCCGCAGCCGAUGCAUCCCCAACCGCCCAGGUGCUGA